AAGAAGCCAAAAAUCAAAUAACCACGUGAGCCGCCGUGAUUCGCCUUAUUCUUUCUGGGUCGCCCUCUUCAGCGCUACCUCCGAAUGAUCCUCUUUACCCCUGGCGCCUGAGCUCACCCGCGAGGUCUAGCAGAUUGGACUGUGGUGGAACCACGGAUGAGGACACAGACGAUGAUGGAACGGACGAGGUGGACAGAACGCUUCCCCUCGACGGAACCAGGGCCAUUCCUGGGGCUUCGGACGAGUUCGUGUAGCACUGAAGCCCUUGGGCACCACUAAUCCAUCUGUAUAAAUAUGUGGUCUAAACCUGCAAACCAAGCCAUCUUCUUGUUCCUGGAAUAAUGACUUUUCAUCAACUCUCGUUAGAAGAUGCUAACGCCGCUACAGCCUUGGGAGUAAGGGUAUAGUGAAUGAGUUGGGGCAUCUCCUUAAACCCAUAAGCCACCCGUCGCUCGUAACAAGUAUGCGAUCUUCAGUUUUCCCCAUUCUUUACAGAGCAACGUUGCAAAAAUGUAGCAUUUUGCAAACCAUAAAUCAUGUGCCACUCCGUUACUUGUUUGCAGUCAAUAUAGGUAAACGCUAUGAAAGAGGUCAAGAACAUGUUGAUUUUUCCACUUUUGCAACAAAUGAUGAUAUUGAUUUGGGCUCAGAAAAGAAGAUGCUGGCAACGAACUUAGCCGCUCUGUUAGAAGAAUCUUCUAAAAUAGAUGAUGGGAAACCCAAAGGUCGAAUGGAACUCAAGAGGUUUCUUGAGAAUCGGGUAAAGAAGAGGGUGAAGGAGCAAUAUGUGAAUGGGAAGUUUCAGGACCUAAUAGAAAAAGUGAUUGCCGAUCCAGAAACUCUUCAAGAUGCUUACAAUUGUAUAAGGCUAAAUUCAAAAGUUGAUAUAACAAUGUUAGACAAUAACACCACCACUUUUAAAUCCACUGGUGAAGAGCUGUUCUAUGGGGAUUUUGACGUCAAUGCUAAUACCUUUUCCAUUUCAACAAGAGGGGCAAAAAAAGAAAUCUUAGUCCUGCCUAAUCAAAAGUUGAAAAUCAUUCAAGAAGCCAUUAGAAUAGUUUUGGAAGUUGUAUACAGACCCCACUUUUCUAAGAUAUCGCAUGGAUGCCGGAGUGGGAGGGGACACUUCACUGCUUUGAAGUUUAUAAGCAAACAGAUAUGUGCUCCUGAUUGGUGGUUUACAGUGCUCAUAAACAAAAAGGUAGAUGCUUGUAUCCUUGAUAAACUAAUAUCAGUUAUGGAAGAGAAGAUAGAAGACCAAAGGUUAUUUUCGAUUAUCCGAAGCAUGUUUGAUUCUCAGGUUAUCAAUUUGGAGUUUGGGGGUUUUCCUAAAGGUCACGGUCUUCCUCAGGAGGGAGUUUUGUCACCUAUAUUGAUGAACAUAUAUCUUGACCUUUUUGACUGUGAAUUUUAUAGGUUAUCAAUGAAAUAUGAAGCUCUCAAUGUAGAAUCCCAAAGUAAUCAAGAAUCUCAGUCUCAGCUGCGCAAUUGGUUUAGGAGACACCUGAAAGCCAAUGAUCUCAGCAGUGCAGGGCAAGAAAAUUUCAGCUCAUGUGUUCAUUGUUGUCGAUAUAUGGAUGAAAUAUUUUUUGCAGUUUCUGGUUCCAAAAAUGUUGCUCACAGUUUCAAGUUUGAGGCUCUGAAUUACUUGCAGAAGUCUUUGUACUUGGAUAUUGAUGAUAAAGCAGAGCUGUUACCCUGUGAAGGUCUACGCGGGGUUCGUUUUCUGGGAACUUUGCUUAAAAGAACCGUGAGAGAAACUCCUGCAACAAAGGCUAUCCACAAGUUGAAGGAAAAAGUUGAGUUAUUUGCUUUACAAAAGAAAGAAGCUUGGAAUUCUGGGACAGUUCGGAUUGGGAAGAAAUGGUUGGCAUAUGGACUGAAGAAAGUAAAAGAGUCAGAAAUUAAGCAUUUGGCUGAUCCUGAAUCUGUUCUCAGCCAUAUUUCUCAUUUUCGUAAAUCUGGUAUGGAAACUGAUCACUGGUAUAAGCACUUGCUGAAGAUAUGGAUGCAGGAUGUUAAAGCAAAAGCAGUAGCGUGUGAGGAAACUAUCUUGUCAAAGUAUGUUGCAGAACCAUCCUUACCCAAGGAAUUGAGGAACUCCUUCUAUGAAUUUCAAAGGCGUGUAGAUGAGUAUGUUCUAUCUGAGACAGCUUCCACUAAAGCUCUUUUGCAAAGUUCUGACUCUUCUGUCCAACCCGUCAUCGUUACUCAGAUUAUUGCACCUAUUAAUGCCAUAAAAAAACGUCUUGUACGAUAUGGAUUGGCGACAAACAAAGGUUACCCCUGUCCAUCUUCUCUUCUCAUUUUACAAGAUGACAUCCAAAUUAUAGAUUGGUUUUCUGGCAUUGUUCGCCGUUGGUUGAGAUGGUACAGUGGGUCUGACAAUUUUUCUGACAUAAAACUCUUAAUUUCUGAUCAAGUUAGAAAAGCGUGCAUUCGGACUUUAGCAGUAAAGUAUCACAUGCAAGAAAGUGAUAUUGAAAAUAAGUUUGAUGCAGAAUUGAGCAGGAUCCCUUGUUCCCAUGAGACAGAGCAAGAGAUGGUGAGUGAGACAUUGGAUGUUUUUGAAAAGGAUGAGGCAUUAAUGUAUGGAAUUUCUUAUGGUGGUUUGUGUUUGCUAUCCUUAUCAAGAAUGGUGAGUGAAUCUCGUCCUUGCAAUUGUUUUGUUAUAGGUUGCUUUGUUCCAGCAGAAAGUGUUUAUGCUCUUCAUGUAAUGGAAAGGCAGAAGUUUCCAGGAUGGAAAACAGGGUUCUCAAGCUGUAUUCACCCCAGCUUGAAAAGUCGUAAAAUUGGGUUGUGUAAGCAACACUUAAGAGAUUUAUAUCUUGGUGAUAUAUCACUCCAGUCCAUUGACUUUGGCUCAUGGAAAUAAGAGCAGAUAGCAUAUUGGUAUAGAUUAAAAUCAGGAGGCUUAAAUCACCAAUGAUAUGGGAUAGACUGAAUGUGCAUGAAGUUCUUUAAAAGAAGCCUUUUAUAGUCAUCUCUCCUGGUUGGUGUGUUAUGCAGAAAGGAUAAUGAGAAUAGCAAACACUCGUUUAUCCAUUGUGACUUAUCCUUGAAAUUAUGGUACAAACUAUUAAAUGAGUUUGGGUUGCUUUGGGGAAUCCCUGCUGACUGUGAGGAAAUUAUUAUGUUCAACAUUAGAGAGUAAGAAAAGACAAGUUUAUUGGGACACUACUGUGUCGGAUCUCCUCUGGGGCCUAUGGUUGGAAAGGAACAAGAGGAUUUUUGAAGAACAAAGUAGCGAUGUAGACAGCCUAUGAGAAAAAAUUAGGCUCUGGUUGCACAAUGUUAUGUGGUUCAAAGAGAGUCCAUUCCGUCAUAUUUUGGAAAAUCAUUUUGUUUUUUCCACAACAUUGUAUUUUUCUUAUAAAUUAAUAGAAGGCAGUUUUGUUUUUAAAAAAGAAAAAUGGUAAGUGAUUGUCAUUUAUAUACUUUAGCAUAAGAUAUGGAUUUUUUUCUUCAUGUUGAAUGUGUUAUUGUUUGGGUUCUAUUAUUGUUAUUGUAAAGAUCCCAUUGAAAUGAUAUGAAUGAGUUAACUUUCUAAA